UAAUCUGUGUGAUGAGGUAGGGUCCACUAAAGAGUACAUCUUUCUCCGUGUUUUUCUGCAUUCUAACAUUAGCUCCAUCUUUUCCCACCUCUCCAUUUCUUUUCUUUUUCCAGCAACCUAAUUUUGAUUUCACCCUCAAUUUUCUGCUUCAUUCAUAGAAGAGCUUUUUUCACUGAUUUGUUCUUCUAGUUCUGGCAACCGAUCGAUUGAACUCUUUGCCUUCAAAAGAGUUUGGACACUGUUAGCAUUUUUAACUGCUCCUUACAAUGGAUGAUGUUGAAGAUAAGCUGCCUCCUGACACAUCUUCAAAAAUUGCUGAAGAGAAGUUUCUUUCAGAAAAUGUUGAGGACAAGAUACCCUCUCAAUCCUCUUCAAAUAUUGCUUUAGAGACACCACUUGCAGAACAUUUUGAAUUCAAGGUUCCCUCUGAGCCCUCUUCGACAAUUGCUGCUGUAGAGACACCACAGGCAGACCAUGUUGAAGACAAGAUACCCUCUGAAUCCACUUCAAAUAUUGCUUUAGAGACACCACUGGUAGAACAUGUUGAAGACAAGCUUCCGUCUGAAUCCUCUUCGACAAUUGCUUUUGUAGAGAUACCACAGGCGGACCAAGUUGAAGACAAGCUACCCUCUGAGUCCUCUUCAAAAAUUUCUGUAGAGACACCACUGGCUGAACAUGGUGAAGACAAGCUAUCCUCUAUGCCCUCUUUCAAAUUUCCUGUAGAGAUGCCACUGGCUGAACCAUCUGAAGAAAAUUCUGAAGUGGUAAACCUGGCAGAUAAUCCAUUUUCCAUUGAAGCUCCAAUAAACCCACUUAGCAAUGGAAAAGUGGAGCCUGACACUCAUUUGCCAGUGAAUGAGUUGUCUGAAUCAGCUGAGUCACCUAACUCAGCUUCAAUUUCGACUACGGUAGAUGUAACAGAAAGUAGCUACCAAGUACCUCUGGUUGAAGAUCCUGUACCAAUUGCUGCAGAAAAUGUCUCUUACAAUCAUGAAAUGAAGGAUGAUGUUACUGAUGUCAGUUCUGCUGAUAAUGAGAUUAGGCUCUCGGCUUCCUCUUCUGAAACAAAAGAUUUGCAAAAAAAUCACAAUGAACUUAAUAUAGAUGAGGGAACAAUUGACGCACCCAAGCUGGUUGACGCAAAUAGAGGCCUUAUUGAUACUGCAGCACCAUUUGAUUCUGUCAAGGAAGUUGUUUCCAAGUUUGGAGGAAUUGUGGAUUGGAAGGCUCACAGAAUCAAGACUGUGGAGAGACGUACUCUUGUAGAACAAGAACUUGAAAAAGCAAACGAAGAGAUCCCAGAGUACAGAAAACAAGCAGAGGCUGCUGAACAGGGAAAAGUUCAAGUACUAAAGGAGCUGGAUAGCGCCAAGAGAUUAAUAGAGGAAUUAAAAGUCAACCUAGAGAGGGCACAAACAGAAGAGCGUCAAGCAAGGCAAGACUCUGAACUUGCAAAGCUCAGAGUGGAAGAGAUGGAGCAGGGUAUUGCAGAUGAAUCGAGUGUUGCAGCCACAGCACAACUUGAAGUUGCUAAAGCUAGAUAUUCAGCAGCAAUUUCAGAUUUAAUAGCUGUGAAAGAGGAACUGGAAGCAUUGCGUAAGGAAUACGCUUGCUUGGUGACUGAUAGAGAUGUAGCUAUUACGAAAGCUGAAGAGGCUGUUGCCGCAUCAAAGGAAGUGGAGAAGUCAGUGGAGGAUUUAACUAUUGAACUAAUUGGUGCAAAAGAGUUAUUGGAGACUGCACAUGCCGCACACUUGGAAGCAGAAGAACAAAGAAUAGGAACAGUCAUGGCGAGAGAUCAAGAUUCUCUCAAUUGGGAGAAGGAACUUAAACAGGAAGAAGAAGAGCUCCAGAGACUCAACCAGAAAGUUUCGUCUGCGAAGGAACUCAAGUCUAAACUGGAAACAGCCUCUGCUCUACUGCUUGAUUUGAAAGCUGAACUAACUGCUUAUAUGGAAUCAAAGUUAAAGCAGGAAGGUGAUGAAGAAGGAGUCUCAAAAGGAGGCCUAGAAGAACCAGAGAAGACGACACACACUGAUAUCCAAGCAGCAGUGGCAUCAGCUAGAAAUGAGCUUGAGGAAGUAAAGCUUAACAUAGAGAAAGCAAAUGCAGAGGUUAGUUUCUUGAAGGUAGCGGCUACAUCAUUAAAAUCAGAACUUGAGCAAGGAAAAUCAACUCUUGCCUCAAUCAGGCAAAGAGAGGGAAUGGCCUCCAUUGCAGUUGCAUCUCUUGAAGCUGAAUUGGACCAGACUAGAUCAGAAAUAGCUUUGGUUCAGAUGAAGGAGAAAGAAGCCAAAGUGGAAAUGACUGAGCUUCCCAAAAAGCUUCAACUAGCAGCUGAAGAAAAUAACCAGGUCAACUUGCUUACUCAAGAAGCUCGUGAAGUGCUGCAGAAAGCAAAGGCAGAAGCAGAGCAAGCCAAGGCUGGAGUAAGUACCUUGGAAAGUAGAUUACAUGCAGCUCAAAAGGAGAUAGAGGCUGCAAAAGCUUCUGAAAAGUUGGCAAUAGAAGCAAUUAAAGCAUUGCAGGAGAGUGAAUCAACUAGAAGCAAAAAUGAAAUUGACCCAUCUACUGGGGUAACACUUUCUUUGGAGGAGUACUAUGAGCUUAGCAAACGGGCUCAUGAGGCAGAAGAGCGAGCCAAUAAGAGGGUUGCAGAUGCUAAUUCCGAAAUUGAGAUAGCUAAAGAGUCUGAAUUGAAAUCUUUUGAGAAGUUGGAUGAAGUGAAUAGAGAGAUAGCUGCUAGAAGGGAAUCUUUGAAGAUAGCCAUGGAAAAGGCUGAGAAGGCAAAGGAAGGUAAAUUAGGUGUAGAACAAGAAUUAAGAAAGUGGAGAGCAGAAAAUGAGCAGCGAAGAAAGGCUGGUGAAUCUGGCCAUGGAGUGCUAAACCAGAAUAAAAGCCCUAGGGGUAGUUUUGAGGGGAUUAAGGAAACAAAUUAUUUUGACCGGGCUCACGGUGCAGCUAGUCCUGCACAUAACAUGUCAAGUCCAGAGGCCUAUGAACAUGAAGGCAAUGAUGAAAAUGGAUCAUCAUCCCCAGAAUUAAAACAUGGAAAGAAGAAGAAAAGAUCAUUGUUCCCUCGGGUUUUGAUGUUCUUUGCUAGAAGAAAAACACAUUCAGCCAAGUCAGGGUAAACCCGAUUUGAUUUUUUUUUAUUGUUAAGCUUCUUCUGGAGAUCUCACAGUGAUGAAAUACUGGAGUCCCCAAAAUUUUCUGAACCUGUACAUGUUGAUGUUGGUGAUUGCUGAUGUAUGGUUUAAAUGGUAUAUGGUCGCCUGCACAAUGCUUUAUGAGGACAUAACAGUAAGUACAUCGUUGGUGGGAAAAGAGAAAUUAAGAUGAUUCCAUAUUGUGUAUAGGCUUCUGAUAUAUUGAAACUCGGCUUAUGUAUAGAUUUGUUUGAGUUUUGAUCAAAUGAAAGAAUUUUUCGAA